GUUACGUGGAGAAAGAAUCUCGGCGAGAAAAUAAUCCAUUCGAAUUCGAAUAGCCAAUCAGCCAAAAAAAAAAAAAAAUCCAAUAGCCAAAAGACGUGGAUUUUGCCGGCCAUCCGCGUCGUCUUCCUCUUCCAUUGAACGCUUUGUUAAGAUCGCGGAAUAUCAGCAGAAUCAACAUCUUAUUGCUCGAAGUUUCUCUGAAAAUGGCGUCGACGGAACCUUCUCCAAUUGCAAUAAACCGUCGGUGUUAAAUUAUAGAUGCAACUGAUCCAGGCUUCAGUAAUGGGCAAUCUCAUUUCCAUCGUAAAAGUUUGAAGUGUUAUAUUCAUGCUGAGGCAAGCGGAUCCAGUUCUCUUCGUCGACGAACAAGCAUAACACACUCCGUCGGACCCCGUCCACCGUUGUCAGCCCUGCGUGGUUGUUCUCGGGCAAGCAGUGAAGAGGGUUCGAACCAUUGGGCUUUUUCUAUUCCCAAAAUCCGAAACAACAUUGCCUCAUCACAUAUUCAAUAUCUGCUCAAAGGUUUUCCUCACCAUAUCAUCAAACAAACAUGUUAUGUCAUUUGUAUCGUGAUUUCCAAGAGCUGGUUUCUGGUUUUUAAAUGGAAAAGAAAAGAUUAGAUGAUCACGAACCAGGUCCAGUUCCUUCACCGAGAGCAGUGGACAGAUUUGGGUUUGUAAAACAGGAUGCUAAUGCCUCUUCUGAUGGUUUAGUCAAGAAUAGAUCAGCAAAUGAGUACGAGAGAAUUAGGGAAGAAAGAAGGGUAAGAAAAUGGAGAAAGAUGAUUGGGGUCGGUGGGAGUGACUGGAAGCAUUAUGUUAGAAAAAAACCUCAUGUUGUCAAAAGGCGUAUAAGGAAAGGAAUUCCUGAUUGUUUAAGGGGCCUUGUUUGGCAGUUGAUAUCUGGAAGUAGGGACCUAUUACUGAUGAAUCCUGGAGUUUAUGAGCAAUUAGUGAUAUAUGAAACAUCAGCCUCUGAGCUAGAUAUCAUUAGAGAUAUUUCUCGUACCUUCCCAUCACAUGUGUUCUUCCAACAAAGGCAUGGACCUGGGCAGCGAUCGCUCUACAAUGUUCUGAAGGCUUAUUCAGUCUUUGACAGAGAUGUUGGAUAUGUUCAGGGAAUGGGGUUCCUAGCUGGUCUGUUGCUUUUAUAUAUGAGUGAGGAGGAUGCGUUUUGGUUAUUGGUGGCAUUGCUAAAAGGAGCUGUUCAUGCCCCAAUGGAGGGCUUGUAUCUGACAGGAUUGCCUUUAGUGCAACAAUAUUUCUUUCAGUUUGAACACUUGGUGAGGGAGCACCUGCCAAAGUUAGGGGAACAUUUUGUCAACGAAAUGAUAAAUCCUAGCAUGUAUGCUAGCCAGUGGUUCAUAACUGUUUUCUCGUACUCCUUUCCAUUCCAUUUGGCUCUCCGAAUCUGGGAUGUCUUUUUGAACGAGGGUGUUAUAAUUGUUUUUAAAGUUGGCUUGGCCCUGCUAAAAUAUUGCCAUGACGACUUGGUAAAAUUGCCUUUCGAGAGACUGAUACAUGCCUUGCGUAACUUCCCUGAGGAUGCAAUGGAUCCUGACAUAUUAUUACCAUUGGCCUAUUCCUUCAAGGUAUCCAAGCGUUUAGAGGAACUGAGACAACAGUAUGAGAAGCAGCAUGGAAAGUUUGUUCAAUCUCGAGAAUCUCAACAACUUGUCGAAAACUGAUGGAGUGAUGAAAAGUAGAGACUUUCAAGCAUGGAGAGAAAUUGUAGUAGUACAAAGCGGAGAUGGACUGGUAUUCAAUUCAACCUGCUGUUGUUAGUUACAAAGCAUUCUGCGCGGUGGAGGUUUUUUUGGUGUUGUAUAUCUGUUUGCCAUUGGGCCCCAUGUUGUGUACUAUGCAAUAUGUGUAGUUAGUGACUUGGAUAAUGAGGCAUCGAAGUCACGAAGCUUUGAUGUUACAGAAUUUGUUCCUUUUUUUUUUUUUUAUUUAAAGCUGAUACGAGUCUCUGUUCUCUUUUUCCAGUGGUUCAAGCAUGAAAUUGUUACAGAACUUUGUUACAAUCUUAUAGUGAUAGUCUACUCAACGCUCCUCACAGCA